AAAAAAAAAAACAUGGCAGCAGGCUCGUUCGUCAGAGUUACACAGCGGCUCACAGCGAACAUCUGCAGAACCCGGCGUUUAUUUGCUUGCAGAAGUCCGCACAGACGUGGGAUAUCUUCGUGCAUUGACCCUUCCCACGGCCUCACAGAUGAACAGAAGGAGUUCCAGAAAGUGGCCUUUGACUUUGCCACCAAUGAAAUGGCUCCACACAUGGCAGAAUGGGACCAGAAGGAAGUGUUCCCAGUGGAGACCAUGCGCAAGGCGGCCCAGCUGGGCUUUGGGGGCAUCUAUGUGCAGCCGGACGUCGGGGGUUCCGGUCUGUCUCGCCUGGACACAUCUGUCAUCUUUGAAGCCCUGUCCACUGGAUGUGUCAGCACCACUGCCUACAUCAGUAUACACAACAUGUGUGCCUGGAUGAUUGACACCUUCGGCAGCGACGAGCAGAGGCAAAAGUUCUGUCCUCAACUUUGUUCAAUGGAGAAGUUUGCCUCUUACUGCCUCACAGAACCUGGCAGCGGUAGUGAUGCUGCUUCGCUCCUGACGUGUGCGCAGCGCCAAGGUGACCAUUAUGUCUUGAAUGGUUCCAAGGCGUUCAUCAGCGGAGGAGGAGACACUGAUGUUUACGUGGUCAUGUGUCGCACAGGUGCCAAAGGUCCUAAGGGCAUCUCAUGUAUAAUCGUAGAAAAGGGAACACCAGGCCUCAGUUUUGGCAAAAAGGAACAAAAGGUGGGGUGGAACUCGCAGCCCACCAGGGCGGUCAUAUUUGAGGACUGCGCCGUUCCUGUGAGCAACUUGCUGGGAGAUGAAGGUCAAGGCUUCACAAUUGCCAUGAAAGGACUGAAUGGUGGCAGGAUUAAUAUUGCUUCGUGUUCUCUGGGCGCGGCCCAGGCCUCAGUACAGUUGGCUCGAGACCACCUGUUGGUGCGUAAGCAAUUUGGUGAGACGCUUUCUAACAACCAGUUCCUUCAGUUCAAACUAGCAGAAAUGGCCACCGAUUUGGUGGCCUCUCGCCUUUUAGUACGCCAGGCCGCGAUUGCGCUACAGGAAGAGCGAGCAGAUGCUGUGCAGCUUUGCUCCAUGGCGAAGCUCUUUGCCACAGACCACUGUUUCAACAUCUGCAACCAGGCUCUCCAGAUGCACGGUGGCUACGGCUACCUAAAGGACUACGCCGUGCAGCAAUUUGUGCGCGACAUCCGGGUGCAUCAAAUCUUAGAAGGAACCAAUGAGGUUAUGAGGAUGAUCAUCGCACGCGAUCUUCUGACUGAGUCCUGA